GUUCUUUUCGAAGGUUCUUCGGGAGUUCUUUCAUGGGUCUUAAGGAAUUCAUUCGUGGGUUCUGCGAGAGUUCUUUCGUGGGUUUUGCGGGAGUUCUUUCGUUCUUCGGGAGUUCUUUCUUGGGUAUUAGGGGUUUUUUCGUGGUUUCUUCGGGAAUUCUUUCGUAGGUCCUUUCGUGAGUUCUUUCGUGGGUCUAGGGAGUUCUUUCGUGGGCUCUUCGAGAGUUCCUUCGUGGAUUCUUCGGGAGUUCUUUCGUGGGUCUUAGGAAGUUCUUUCGUGGGUUCUUCGAGAGAAGUUCUUCAUGGGUUCUGUGUGGGUUCUGUCGUGGGUUCUGCGAGAGUUCUUUCGUGGUUUCUUCGGGAGUUCUUUCGUGGGUUCUUCAGGAGUUCUUUCGUAGGUCCUUUCGUGAGUUCUUUGGGAGUUCGUUCGUGGGUUCUUCGAAAGUUCAUUUGUGGAUUCUUCGGGAGUUCUUUCAUGGGUCUUAAGGAGUUCUUUCGUGGGUUCUUCGAGAGUUCUUUCGUAGGGAGUUCUUUCGUAGGUUCUUCGGGAGUUCUUCGUGGUUUAUUCGGGAGUUCUUUCGUAGGUCCUUUCGUGAGUUCUUUGGGAGUUCGUUCGUGGGUUCUUCGAGAAUUCUUUCGUGGUUUCUUUCGUAGGUUCUUCGGGAGUUCUUUAGUGGCUUCUGUCGCAGGUUCUUGGGGAGUUUUGUGA